CAGCUUCAGGAUGAAUACUUCACCAGUGCUGUAGUUCUCUCACUAAUUCUAGCUGCCUUAUUUGGCCUUGUCUACCUUCUAAUAAUACCACAGAGUACCAUAGUUCUUGUUCUCCUGGUGUUCUGCAUAUGCUUCCUAGUGGCUUGUAUUAUGUACCUACAUGUCACAAGAGUACAAUGUUUUCCAGGGUGCCUAACAAUACAAAUUCGUACCAUUUUGUGUAUUUUUAUUGUGAUCUUAAUAUACUCUGUGGCUCAAGGAUGUGUGGUUGGCUGCAUGCCUUGGGUUUGGAAUACCAAUUCCAGCAGUUCGAUAGUUAUCAUUUCUCCUGGUGGAACAAAUAAAACGAUGAAUGAACUUCCAUGCGAUACAGCCCACUAUGCUUUCCUUUCCUGUGUAGUGGGGACUCUCACCUUGGCAAUAUUUCUACGUGUAUCUUCCUUGCCAAAAAUUAUACUGCUGCUUUUUGUUACUAUUUUGUACAUAGUUAUUCUGGAACUCAGUGGUUACAGAAAAGCAGUGGGGGGUGGAUCCUUUUAUAUGCGAGGCUAUGAACCAACGCUAGCUAUUUUGCUAUUUUCUUGUGCUUUGGCACUGCAUUCAAGACAGGUGGACUUGAAGCUACGUCUGGACUACCUCUGGGCUGUGCAGGCCCAUGUUCCUCAAGAUCAUGUACUCACCAAGAGCAUUGUUGCUGCAGUCCAGACUGCCUCCAAUCUUAGCCUCUUUAAUGAGUUCAUUUGCACUGAUGAACAACAGUAA